CUAAAACCCCGAGGCUCCCACGGGGAACUGCGCUCUUAGCAGGAGCCCAGGGUGCGCUGUGCACGCUGUCAACGACCCAAGGUGUUAAGUAAGUCUCCAUUAGUCUUGAGCGGGGGGUUCACUCCGCAGACAGGUCCCGAGGCCAGACGGCUUCAUGGAGCCUCAGGGGGCGCAUCUGCUAACUUUGGAGGAGCAGGGACCCGCGCCCUUGGGAGACGCCCCGCCAGCCCAGGAGCUGCCCGCCGCGGCGAUCCUCUGCAUGGAAGGUGGCAGGGACGGCGGCAGCACAGAGGAGUCCCGGAGCCUCGACGCCGAGUCCUGGUCCGCGGAGGAGGAGGCUGCCCUCCGGGAGCAGGAGGAGCUGCUGGAAUGCCGCCGCCGCCGCCGCGCGCGCUCCUUCUCGCUGCCCGCCGACCCGAUCUUGCAGGCGGCCAAGUUCCUGCAGCAGCGACAGCAGCUUGCCCUGGAGCUGGGCGCAGAGGGCAGCGAGAGGGCCGAGGACGCGCCGCACAGCCCGGGUGGCUGCUGUGCCAAGUGCAAGAAGCGGGUGCAGUUCGCGGACGCGCUGGGGCUGAGCCUGGCCAGCAUUAAGCAUUUCAGCGAGGCCGAGGAGCCGCAGGUGCCUCCAACCGUGCUCUCCCGCCUCCGGAGCUUCCCCAUGAGUGCGGAGGACUUGCAACAGCUUCCUGGCCUGCUGGCCGCGGCUGCCGCGCCCCUUUCCGCGCCGCUUCCACGGCUCCGUCCUCUCUUCGAGCUUCCCGGGCCGGGCGCAGCGGCCGAGCGUCUCCGGCGGCAGCGCGUGUGCCUGGAGCGCGUGCAUUGCUCUGCGCCUUGGGGCGCGGAGGUGACGGGCUCUGGCCGGGUGCUGGGCUGCCCCGGGCCGAGGACCGUGGCCGUGCGCUACACUUUCACCGAAUGGCGCUCUUUCCUGGACGUGUCCGCGGAACUGCAGCCUGAGCCAGUGGAGUUAGAGCGGCAGGAGGCGCCAACGGGGGAACCUGGGUCCGGGAGUGCCGAGGAGGAGCAGUGCGCCGAGCGCUUCCACUUCUCUCUAUGUCUGCCCCCGGGUCUGCAGCCCAAGGAGGGAGAGGAGAUGAACGAGCCACAUGUCGCCGUCCACUUUGCAGUCUGCUACCGCUGCUCCCAAGGCGAGUACUGGGACAACAACGCGGGGGCCAACUACACGCUGCGCUACGCGCGCCCCGCUGACGCUCUCUGAGCUGUCCGCGCAGCCCCCGGCCCCGUGUGGUCCGAGAGCGCUUCGAGGGACGGUGGGAAGGGAGCUGCGCCAGGUGACUUUUCUGGGUGCCUUGCUGAACCUUGUCCACCUGGAGUGAAGGAAUCGUGGAAGGAAGGGAGGGAGCCGUUCCAUCGUAAAGUCUUACCCAGGCAGAUCCUGCAGCAAGCCCUGUGAGCCCGGGCAAAGCACCCAAUCUCCGGCCCGUGUUCUCGUCGCUUAGGCUUUCGUAGGCGGCCUCUUGACUGCUAACCCAGCGUCAGAAUGGAAAGAAAUCCUCGAGACUCUGAGCAGUAGUUUUCUCCAAGAAAAAGGCUCCUGACUCCUGGACGAGGCUCUAAGACCUUGGGAAGUGUUUUUAACUGUAGGCAUCGUGUUUCAGUCCUUGCAGCUUGCUGGAUAUCCCUCAGGUCUCAGGGAGAAUACGAAGCAUCCCACCACGCUUCCCCAAAGGAAGGCCCUGGACUGUGGGUGUACGCGGGAGCCUUACUUCGGGGCUGUUUUCUCAGAGAAAACCGCCAAGGCCCACGGCGCUUUUCUCUUAACGGGACUCUGGGAAGCGUUUGCCCAGACUUGAUGUUCUCUACUUGUGCCUUUGUACAAAUGUCCUUUAAAAAAGUAAAAGCCACUUGCACACUCUUUACGCUGCACUUUAUGAUUCAGCUCCUGGGGGUUUGGUAGGUCUCGGCAGCUAGGCCAGCUUU